ACGACCCAUGAGCCUGGAGACGAUUCUUGCGAGGAGAAGCUUCUCUGAAGUUUGUCAAGAGAAGGCCAAUCGCCCAGCAUCGCAAGAGGAGCAGGGCGAUAGGAAGAGAAAGUAUCUUGAGUUCCGACAAGGUGAGAGUGAGAGCGUGGAGGAGGAUCAGGAGAACUCUCGCCAUCAGUUCAAACCCAACUUCCUCAAGUUUCGAGGAUGCAAGCAGCAUGGGAGCGGCAGCCUUUCGUUCUUGAAGUUCAUCAUGCAGCUUGACCGGGAGGAGAUCGUAGAGUUGCAGUAUGGCGAUGUGCCCGAGAAGCUCGGAGGGAUCUUCGGAUGGAAAGUCUGCGACGGGAAGGAGAAGGAGUGGGCUGAGAGGAGGAAGCAGUGGUUCAUGCAAGGGAAGGAAGGCAAGGUCUACAAGCCCAACUCCAUGUUCCAGAUCCUACGACGUCUUGGUUACUUUCCUACUGAGAACACGCGAAGAGCAAGUCAUGGGUUGGACUUCGAGAACAGCAGAACAUUCCAAUGGGAUGGCCGUCGACAGACCAAGUACUUGCAGAAGAAGGAGGAGGAGAGCAAGAACGAAGUAAGCAAUUCAUCCGACAAUGAUGAAGGGAGAGGGUCGAGAGGAGUCAAGAGGGAGAAAAUGGACGAUCUGUCGGCUGUCAAGGUGGAACGGAAUGUUCACUUCAGUGAUGUUGAAUCCCUCGAGACUGCCAACAUUUCUCUCCUGCAAAGCUUGAUCAAUAGCCGGUCCGAGAUACUUCUGCGCAUUAUUCAGCAGCAGCAGCUUCUCGCCUUGGUAUCCUCGCACGUGCCUGACUUGCCCCUGUCUCCUCAGACUCCUCCUUCUCCUCCCUUCACCGGGCCCACCCUGCCUCUACUCAACCCUCUCCUGGUGUUCAGGAGUGAGAUGUCUGACCUGGGAGCUUUGAAGUCCAAAAUGUAGGGCGUGAGAAUGUUUCUGUUUGUUGUUCGACUUUUGUGUUGUUUGUAACUUUGUCUGUAAUUGGUGCUUGCCAUAUCAUGUAUUCUAGAAAUUCGGAAAAUAAUGAAAUAUUCUACCAAUC